AGAGUGGGCGUGGCGUCGGGCUCGGCGAGAGAGAAAAGCAAAACAAUCAUUUUUAUCCCCUUUUACCGGCUGCUUUUAGGGUCCGUAGUGAAAUACACUCUCGGCAGGGAGUCGUAGUCCACACAAUACUGUUAAAUGCAUCUUAUCCCGCUCAGCACUAAAAUCGACCGAAAGCUGAUUUUGCUUUAGUUACAUUUGAUCCAGGUUGAGAAUGACUUCCAAGCGGCUCCUCGAGCAGCCUCGAGCCGGCGACGGCACGCAUGAGGGGGGCGAGCCUGUCACUGGAAAAGCGUUUAAAACAAACGCUCUGCAUGAAGGUGCUUUAAGGAACUUUGGCAAGGAAAUCUCUCCAAAUGGACAUUAUUAUACCGCAACGAGAGAGAGGCACUACAUUCAUAAGAAAUUUGCAUGUGGCAGAGAGGAGGAUGAACAGAGCUCAGGUGGGGUCCUUAAACAUGGCUGCCCUGCUCAUCGCCUGAUCCUGAAUGGCAUCAGGCUACAAGACCAAACCCACAUGGAGGCUUGGAGCCCAGUGAGAGGGCCUGGGGAGCCAGGAUGUCACCUGCCAUCUCCAGAGACACCGCACCCGCACACGUCCUCCAUCAUCCCCGUCCCACAUGACAGGAGGCCUUCUGGUCUUGCUGAUAAAGAAGUGAUGGCCGCCACCGUCCUGACCAUACUGUCCACCAGCCCGUUGGUGCUCAACCCUUCCUCCAGUGCCUCAGGUGCAGAUUUGGCUGGUAAGGGCUGGAAAGAGAGCCUGUCUGCCAGCUACAGCAGCUCUACCAGUGGGAACUGGAGCUGGGAUGCCAGCGACCAAUCGGUGCCCUCCACGCCGUCCCCGCCCCUCUCCAACGAUGCCGGCAAGAGCUUCCUGCUUUCCACCCAGAGUGAUGACAACAUUGAGGAAACCGAGAGUACACACUUCCUGUUUGAAGACCCCAUCCCCCGAAAAAGAAAGAACUCCAUGAAGGUGAUGUUUAAGUGUCUGUGGAAGAACUGUGAAAAAGUCCUCAGCACUUCCUCAGGGAUCCAGCGCCACAUCCGCACCUUCCACCUGGGGCGAAAUGGAGAUUCUGACUACAGCGAUGGCGAGGAGGAUUUCUACUACUCUGAAAUCGAGGUGAACAUGGACACGCUUUCGGAAGGGCUGUCCAACCUCACGCCCACGUCACCUACUACGUCCGGCCCGGCCCCCAUCUUCCCCGUCUUGACUUGUGAUGCGUCUCGAUCUGAGCCCGCCCACAUGAUCCACACCCCUCUCAGCCAAUCAGCACCGUCGACACUGUGCCAUAUCCGCACUGACCACGCUUACCAAGCUACAACCCCUGUCAGCAUUCCCAGCAUGCCCUCUGAUGCGCCUCACAGUGAGGAUAGGAUUAGUGUAUCCUGGCAGUCGCCCCCUGUCAUAUAUAAAGGGCUACCGGGCCCGAUGACUCAAAUCCGCACUGUUAGCAUCGGUGAGAAGAGACAGCCUGUUAACCACACCACUGUCAGCAAAACACACACCACCAACACCUCCACUUCCAAACCCACUACUGGAACCAGGAAACCGCGUGGCGACGCCAAGAAGUGCCGAAAGGUGUACGGCAUGGAGAAGAGGGACCUGUGGUGCACAGCGUGCCGCUGGAAGAAGGCCUGCCAGCGCUUCACUGACUGAGCUUUAUCCUUUACCCCACUUCAAAAUGUGCUUGUUUAUUGCGGCUGUUCCACGGACUGAGCGCCGGUGUCUCCUGCACACUCUCAGAGUGAACUUCAUGAGCUGAGAUGUGUCCGUCUGAGGCAUGUGGCUGAUUCCUCCAGGCCACAAGGGGUGCUCUUUUCUUACCGCUUCCAUAGUGGAACACUGAGACUUUUAUUCAGAAAAAAAAAACCUGAUGAAAAGCAAAAAAAAGAGAAAAAGAAUUUAGGAAAAAAAGCGUUUGCUGCAUUGCAUAUUAAGGCAAAAAUACGUUUUUUCUUAAGUAAUCCAGAAACAAAACAUUCAAAGCAGAUUGUCCAGGCAGUUUAUUAUACUUUCAUGUUUUGUGUGCGUUCUGUGGAGUACAGCUAACGAUUUUUGCUGAUUUUAAGUGUGGCAGACUUUAUACAUAGCAGUUUUUACUGUUAAAAACUCCGUAAGCUAUUUUUGAUGGGUAUUGUUGAGUAUUUUAAACAGUUAACCCUCUUCCCGCACUUACCGAGCAACUCAAAUUAAUUUAUACGGACAUCAUUGAAGCUUCAAACAACUUGGUUUUGUUCCAAAUCAAACUGUUUCUGGACUUACCGCUUCAUUUUGCCUACAAGCACUUUUUAAUGGCCAUUUUGAUUUUGAUCAAGCGGAGUACAGUUUAGCAUUGCAUCGCAAUCGGCGCGUUGAGCGUUUUAGCAAAUAGUCAAGAACUGUUUCGACACACAUUGCUAAAGUAAUACCUCUAAACAAGAAUGAGCCUUUCGGAGAGAGCCUUUAGUGUACUUCAGCGCGAGGAGUUGUAGUGCAGGAAUGUAAACUGGCCUCUCUCUGCGCUAACGCACCCAAACUAUUCUGUCCCUCACAGAUCAACUGCCUCUUCAUAAGCUGAGGUUUAUUCCUGUCAGUCCACAGUAUUAAUUCAAUGGCAGGCACUUUAACCGGCCACACUUCGGAUUUAACAGUCAAUCUGCUGUCGAGGGAAGUCAUCCCAGUCUAAUGUGAUCCAUAAAUCGAGUGUUUUCCACACAAACACGCCUUCCCGCAUAACAUUAUGCUUCCUAAGGAAUUAUUUGCUUCUCAUUCAGCAUAUGGAUAUUACUGACGUAAAGGAAACGCUUGCUCUGAUAACGUGUAGACGUCUUCCACUGUGCUUUUUUGUCAUAUCGAGGUGAUCAUGUGAUGUCUUCAUGUAAACGGUGUGCUAUCUGAUCCUCUCAAUAUGAGUGAAGCAGCUCUGAGCUCUUACACUGCUAAAAAAACUAAAGUUUUGUUGUGUAUUUUUGUCUCGUAUACAAAUACCUAAACAUCAAGAUACAUCUGCUUGAGAAUGAAAAUGACUUGUU